CUUCUCUCUCUCCUGUCUCUUCCAUCGUUGAGAUUGUGGGUUGUGUUUCCUCUUUGCCAUCUUGUUCGUCGCGAGCGACGAAAAUUGAUCAUCAUGCAGAUUUUUGUGAAAACUCUCACGGGUAAGACCAUUACCCUCGAGGUUGAAGCAUCGGAUACAAUCGAAAAUGUGAAGGCCAAAAUUCAGGAUAAAGAAGGAAUUCCACCUGAUCAGCAAAGAUUGAUCUUCGCUGGAAAGCAGUUGGAGGACGGCAGGACUCUGUCGGACUACAAUAUACAGAAGGAGUCUACUUUGCAUUUGGUUCUGCGCUUGCGAGGCGGCGCCAAGAAGCGCAAGAAGAAGAACUAUUCGACACCUAAGAAGAUCAAGCAUAAGAAGAAGAAGGUCAAGUUGGCUGUACUCAAAUACUACAAGGUGGAUGAGAACGGAAAAAUUCACCGCUUGAGGAGGGAAUGCCCUUCGGAGCAAUGCGGCGCGGGUGUAUUUAUGGCCGCGAUGGAAGACCGCCAUUAUUGCGGCAAGUGUGGAUUUACACUUGUAUUUAACAAACCUGAAGAAAAAUAAUAAAUUUCUGAUGUACAUGUACAUAUA